AUGGAAUCUCUGCCGAGCUACCCUGACUGCCCGGGGCGAUAUAGUGUCCCGGGCUGUCUGGAGACGUUGCGAGAUGGGCAGCUCUUCUGCUUGUUCUGCCAGCGCAGGUACACGCGUAUUCUGGAGUAUUCAACAGACCUUCUGCCGGGAGACGCCGAACCGUCUUUCGCCCCCCCUGUGCCCGGCGUGUUGCAGUCACACCGCGAGAUCGGCGAACCUUCUGGUAGCGUACCGCAUCUUGUAGUAGACCUUGAGGAAGAUUUGAGGAACGAAGAACUGCUGGCCCAACUGCGCCCUUUAUUCCCUGACACCCUGCUUUUGGACAAUUGCUGGAUUGGCCGAGUCUACGACAAUUCUGAAAGCGACACCAAUGGGUCGGUCUGGGUGCUGGUUGAGGUAGACACGGAGGAUGUGAAUCACGCGGUGGAUGUGCCGGCCCCUCUUCCGACGACCGAUAGUCCCCCCAGUCCUGGCGCCUCUAGAACCGAACUGUUUACGACUUCCUCUGGCUUUGAACCCCAAUCGGGCAGUCGCGAGACUAACUCCCACGGAAUUCACGACGGUACAACUCACCAGAUCCAACCCUCACCUUUCGCCGGGUCCUUCCUAGAAGAACGCCGACCCCAAUCUGAGUCUUGGGUCCCUAUUAUAUUCAUCCCCAGGCACACGCGUACAGUAUCAUCUCAGGCACCGCAGAACAAUACAAACACUAACAUCAAUGAGGAACGUGACCAUUCCAUUCCUCUGCCCAUCGAUAACCAUGACGACGACGCCGACAACGAGAAUCACAGUACUACCAACAGCGAUGACACCCUGACCUCCAUGACCUCAACGGAGCUAAACCGUUAUCGCGAAGCUCUCGCCAACCUAAGCCGUCCUAGGCCGAAUGACCUGCCCCGUCACACCGCUCGCGAAAGAAACAACCUUACGAACGGGGUUAACGGCCAUACAAAUGGGGUCAGCGGCGUCAGAACACCAGAACACCUCGCCGUCGAAAAUGGUAGCCGGUUCGCCGAACAUUUCAACUGCCCUUUUCAGGGGCCACAGACCGAGGACGAAAUUGAGCAAUGGAUUGCGGGCUUAAUAGACGUCUCGGCCGCGGGCCCCUUGGUUAACGCCCACACCAACCAUGUCAAUGGGAAUAUUGAAGAGGAUGGCGAUCCAAUUACCUUGUGGGUGUCUGCUGUUCGCAGGCUGAACGAGGAGUUCGAGUCGGAUAACGAUGAGAGUGCUUAG